UUUCCGCCAAUCGAGCAUAAGUUGUUUUUGUGGUAUACGAAAUUCUUUCGGAACCAAAUAAAUUAAACACGAAAAAAGAAAAUGUCUACCGACAUUAGAAAAGUUUUAAGUGAACUGUAUCCGUGCCGUAGCGAUUUUAUAGGAAAAUUAUGUGAUUUACUUUUGGAAAGUUUACCUCAUGUAUUGUACGUAUAUGGUCAUUCUGGAACUGGAAAAACUGUUAUUCUUAGAGACCUCUUACGCCUGAUGGGGAAAAAUACCAACUUUAAAACUUCUUAUGUUAAUUGUAUUGAGUGCUACUCGACAAAAGUAUUAUUGGAAAACAUACUGAAUGAUCUUUGCAGUAUCGAAGGAGUUAACAUAAAUUGCGAGAAUGUGAACCAAUUUACAGAGUUUCUCAAAUGCUUUUAUACAAAACCAACACACACCAGUCUUAUAAUGGUUCUAGAUCAAGCGGAACGCUUAAGGGAUAUGGAUGGGAAUGUUUUGCCCUCUUUAAUGCGCUUGCAAGAACUAACAGGUCUAAACGUUUGUGCUGUGUUGGUAGGCCAAAUCUCGUUUGAGAAGUAUUAUGUCGCCAAUGGGCUACCCGAGUUAGUAACAUUAAACUGCGGUCAAUACACAAAAUGCGAAAUUCUUCACAUAUUAAGUAACCAUUUUGAUGCAGCAAGAAACAACUUAAAGGACUAUAUUAUCCAGCACCAGCUAGAUAAAAAUGAUAUGCAAGAAAAAUUACAUAUAGUAGAGAAUAUUACUAUAGAAUUUUUUAAUAAUUACUUAAACAUAUUUUUAUAUGUUUUUCACAAAGCUUGUCGUGAUUUACCAGAAUUGAAGAAUACUGCUGAUGUAUGCUUUAUAUCAUAUAUGAAGCCUGUGCUUAGUAGAGAAGUGGAUAUUAUGGAUGCACAGAAGCUCUGGCGGAGUAUAACCCCCACCCUUCGUACUGCUCUCACACAAAUUUAUAUGCGUUAUGAUAAUCCCUACGAAUUAAAAUGUUCGUCUGACAAUGAGAUACAAAAAAUCGCUCGGUCCUUUGAAUUGCCUUUUUAUGGGAAGUAUUUGCUAAUUGCGGCGUUUUUAGCUAGCCACAAUUCUGCCAACGCAGAUAAGCGUUUAUUUGUAAAACAUCACGGAAAGAAACGCAAACGAUUGCAAGACGUUAAUGCUAAAGCUAAAGUUUUCGAGAAAACAUCUGCUGCUAUUGGCCCUAAAACAUUCACUAUUGACCGCUUGCUAGCAAUAUUUUAUGCUAUACUCGACGAGAAGGUUGGUCUUACUUGUAAUUUGCUUUCUCAGAUAUCCACGCUGGUGCAACUCAAACUUUUGAGUUUUGUUAGCAAUGAAAAUAAUAUAAUGGAUGGAUCAGCUCGAUUGCAAUGUACUGUGGGCCUUGAAUUCGUAGUCUUUAUAGGCAAUGUUGUAGGAUUUAAUAUACGUCAAUAUUUAUGCGACUUUAUGUGAAAAUUCCAAAUAAAUAUGUUUUA